AUGAAACCAUCAGGCAGUAGUAGCAGUACCGCCGUUAGCGUUGCUCAGACAAUUUUACAUCGACAGAAUGUGCAUAGCCACGAGGCCAGUCAGCAUCGACUAAACCAGCAACGGCCACAAAACCCUUCAUCGUUGAAUGCAAGUGAUGUAAAGCGAAAGGUUUCAGCUCUCAAGGCCAAUGCUCGAGCAGCAAAGAUUGAUAUUGACUUCACUAUUCAGCAAUAUCUCUACGGAAGCUCGAAGCCUUCGAAACUUGCCAUUCCGUCAUCACGAGUAACUUUCCCUACCUCGGAACUAGCUACGAGUGCCUUUGAACAGCUGGCUUCGAAGGCGAGAGGCCUGUAUAAUAGUACUCCACCCCUUUUAGGGCUAUCCGACGUGGCUCUCGAUCUAAUGUUUGACUGGCACACAAUCAAAUUUUGCACGGUACUCAAUAAUACUACUGUAAAUAUGAUUGAAGAACAAAAGUAUCUGGUGUCGGCAACUAUGGAAAGUCUCUACGGAAACCUCAAACAGGAUCGCAUGUUAUCCGAGAAGGAUGCAAAUGCGAAAACCCCAAAGAUCACACUUCGCCUGUUUCUGUAUGUCCCCGAGACCGACGAGGACAAUGAUAUCCAGGAAGUCCAACAGAACCGACGUGUGUCAACUCGGAAAUCAACAGCGCCAAGUUCUCGUCAGAAGCGGAAAAGGUCUCCAUCAGCGUCACCUGAACGUCUGCGGCCCGCUAAGCGCUAUCAGAGUUCAUACCGAUCAAGAUGUUCUGCUACUGCACCCACCGUUGACGCGCCGGCACCGCUGGAGUUUGAAUGCUUCAAAAUGAAGCGUGUGACUUGCUCCGUAAAUGACUUCGGGGAACCGAAGAUGGUAUACAGUGAGGAAGAAGAGGAAAUCAUGGUUGCCAAAGGAUGGCAAGCUCAUGUUAAGGCAGGAAAACCAUAUCAGGGUUACCUUGGUCAGGGAUUGAUGAAAUUCGUCUUUCGUGGUCGCUACAACAACACAGACUAUGCCGUCCUUCAAUGUAAACGCAUUCGCUCGAGAGACGUUGACAAUGAAGAGGAUCUGAUGGGUGAACUGGAAAUCCUUCACUUGUCUCAGUAUUUUUUGGACUCGUUCUACAAACGAGGGGAUGAAGAGAAUGUCCGCAAUCUUCCCAAAAUGAAGUGGAACAUUACCGGGGCAUUCAUUGGGAAGCUUACUCAAAAACUCGCAGAUGCUCCAAACGAAGGAGAAGAGGAUUCACGCAGCCUCGUUUUUAGUUGCUUCAUGGUCCUCCCACUUCUCCCGACUGGUUCAUUGUGCAAUGAAAUCAAGUUUUCUGGAAAUGCGGAAGUAGGGAUCAAUAACGACUCGCUCGGAAGUGCUGUAGAUGCAUAUGCUCAUCAUGUUGCUGUUGAUUCAAUGUAUGAGAUGAUCAUAUCCGAUAUUCAAGGAAUUGUCACACCGGAUCGAUCUAUCGUCUUCUUUGAUCCGCAGUCUCAUACUGCGAAUGGUGACUCAGGCUACUGGGAUCAUGGAAAACCGGCGAUCGCGGAAUUUUUGGAGUCACACAAAUGCAACAAAUUUUGCAAGGCCCUUGGCCUUGACACUGAGGUUCCUCCGCUAAGUCUGUCCAAUACCAACCGCAAAGGUCCACUUCGCAUUGGUUUUGAUUAG